CAUCAAAACCGCUUUCAGUAAUGGCGUCGCGUGUGUUUACGAUUGCAACUCGCAAAUGCGCCGGCAGUCUGUGAAAUAACCUUCGAGACCGUUCGCUGAAAGAUUCCUCGGUGAAACGCCCUGCGAAAUACAUUCUCCAGAAGUUUCGCGAGUCGUGUUUCGUUGCAGAACGCACAACUUUCCCAAUUCGGCAGGAACAAGCCUUGGUGCCGGCGGUGCUUUCGAACCACAGACGUCUUUCAGAAGCUCAGACUGCGUGCUUCGCGACGUUCGGUAGCAGAAGGAUAAGCUCGGCGCGGGGUUGACCGCGAAGCAGCGCCGCCAUGCCGUACGCCAACCAGCCGUCGGUGCACAUCAGCGAGCUGACCGACGAGAACGUCAAGUUCUUCGUCGAGGACACUGACCUGAGCGUGGCCAACAGCCUGCGGCGAGUGUUCAUCGCCGAGACGCCGACGCUGGCCAUCGACUGGGUGCAGCUCGAGGCCAACUCUACCGUGCUGCACGACGAGUUCAUCGCGCACCGGCUGGGCCUGAUCCCGCUCACCAGCGACGAGAUCGUCGACAAGAUGCAGUACUCGCGCGACUGCACGUGCGCCGACUUCUGCACCGAGUGCUCGGUCGAGUUCACCAUCGACGUCAAGUGCCUGGACGAGCAGACGCGGCACGUGACCACCGCGGACCUCAAGUCGAGCGACCCGCGCGUCGUGCCGGUCACGUCGCGCCACAAGGACGACACCAACGAGUACGGCGAGACCGAGGACAUCCUCAUCGUCAAGCUGCGCAAGGGCCAGGAGGUCAAGGCCCGCGCGUACGCCAAGAAAGGGUUCGGCAAGGAGCACGCCAAGUGGAACCCCACGUGCGGCGUGGCGUUUGAGUACGACCCGGACAACGCGUUCCGGCACACCACCUACCCGCGGCCCGAGGAGUGGCCCAAGAGCGAGUACACGGAGCUGGACGAGGACCACGCCGAGGCCGAGUUCCAGAGCGAGGGCAAGCCCAACAAGUUCUUCUUCAACGUCGAGUCGUCGGGCGCCCUGAAGCCCGAGACCAUCGUGCUGACCGGCCUGAGCGUGCUCAAGAAGAAGCUGAGCGACCUCCAGACUCAGCUGUCGCACGAGCUGCCCUGCGAUUCGCUCACCAUCAACUGAUGGAGGGAAGCCCGUUCGUUCAUUGCUUGCAAGGACACGCGUAACCGUCGCAUACUGUUUAAUAAACCAGAAAACCUCGUUGCCAUACCAGAUGUCCGUACAAUCCUGGCCCUGCACGAGCCUUAGAUUAACUGUACCUAGCACUAAUCCUCAACCAAUGCAGACGCACAGGUGAAUGGGUUUUCUGAUAUAUAAAUAGCCGUGUGGCCUGCUUUAUGUUCCAGGACUGAUAAAACAGAAAGCCAUGAUCACGCUUAGACAAACUGGCCGCCUUGGGGUCCUGCCAAUAUGUGAAAGCAGUGUUUGAGAUCCCUCUCAUUGUACAAAUACAUGGCAGCUGGACAGAAGUCUUUGCUUAAGGCUGCACAGCGUAUGACUUCAAAAGGUAGAUUGCAUCAUUUCGAACCAGGGUGUCAAACGGAAAUGUUUUCAGGUUCAGGUUUCCAUUUUGGUUCAGGUUCAACUGCAAGCCAAAAAUAUAACCAUUUGAACUGGUUCACAACAGUUUGAAAUUAUGGGAGUAUUGACAAGACAUUUUCAACUGCGCACCUUUUUUAAAACUAAGGUCUUAGACUCAAGACGAAAUGGUGACAAGCCUCAGAGCGCCACAAAUUAUUAUAUUAGCUUUUCUACAGGCAGUUUAGGUUUCGUUUUUACUCUGUCGAGAUGUUGCGGCCUAGUAUGUGGUCAUGUGGAGCCAGGACACUGCAACGCUUUGACUCUCGUUCCACCACGCUCGGUAAUCCGCCACGCUACUACAUCGGCCCUCACAACAAGCAGCUGCAUAAGAGGUGACCAAGCGAGCCUGAGCACACUGUCAAAGUGUCACAAUGUCCUGCUCCCACAUGACCACAUACUGUGUCUUGACGUCAUAACACAGUAUCCUUCUGGGAAACGAGACCCGAACUGGCCGUAGAAAACCUUUUAUACAUUCAAUUAUUUACGGUGCUUCAAGGCUUGUCACCAUACUUUCUAAGGCUUGGAGGUCUAGAACCUUCAUUUAACACAAGAAAUGAAUAGUCAAAAAUAUGUUGGUACCCUCCUAAGUAGAAUGAAAAGAUUUAGACGACAACGUUUUUCAGCCUCACCAGCAAACUUAUUUGAACAAAAGAGUUAAUUUCGAAUCUUACGUGACAAUAUAUAGUGCCUUUAAUAUUGCACAGUAAACUGACUACAGUGUGAGCGUAGGUUUCCUAUGGUUUGCUUUCAAAGUCAACAGUGUCUAUUGCAUUGAAAACACAUUUAAUUCCAUUCUGGCGCCUGUAAGUUGUUGCACAUCUGUUUCUCACCUCGCCUGCUGAUGUUGAGGCCUAAUAUAUUAAGAUUCGGUAACGACAUAGGCCUGUGUGACAGGCAUUGCUCUUACAGGAGCAUCUUGUUCUGCACAGCCUGCAGUGAAUCUCUAAUGAUGCACCCAUGCAAGUUCCAUUAUGUCAAGGGGCUGAAAUAAAGACACUAUCAUUCCU